CCCCUCUUGGCAGGAGGAGGAGGAGGAGGAGCACAUCAUCAACAGUAUAGAUGCGUUCUGCGUGCGACUGUUCUCGUCUGCGCGAACACCACAACCGAAGCAGCGCCGGAGACCUCGGGGUUCGCCGCGCCUCGCUGCGGUCCCUGAGCGGGCCCGCCGGUCAUGGAGGCGGCCGGCCUGCUGGCGGCGCCAGCCCCCCGCCGGGCGGGCGAGGCCGGCGCGGCGGCUCGGCCAGGCAGGCGGAGGGACCACGGCGAGGGUGCGGUGCGCGGCUCCGCCAAGGGCCUGCAGCGAGCAAGGCUGCGGGUGAUGGCGGUCAGCGCAGUGGCGUGCGUCGCCGCCGUGGUGCUCCUGGGUCGUACGCGGUUUGCAAGUCCAUCGGUUUCGAAUGAGGGAUUCGCGGGAUUGGUGCGGCUCACUGUGGACACUGGCAGUUGGUGCUCUAACUAUCGAGACAUUCAGAUCGGCACGUCCAUUGUGGCUCCCAAUGAAGGGUUAUGCCGCACGCACUGCAAUGCCAACGCCGAUUGCGAAUUCUUUAUUUUCAAAGCCCGAUCGGAUUGUGGUGACUCUAGCUUCGACGAUAACGUCUGUUUGAUAGUGGGGAAGAAUUGCACGAUGCAGAACAACGCGUGUUUCGACUUGCAUCCAAAGAACGACGCGGCUCUGGACUACUUGAUCCACAGAGCGCCGGCAGCUUCUGUGCCUACCAGUGUGGACGCUAGCAGCGCUGUGAAUUUUGUAGAGGACCACAGAGAGAGAGACACGGGCUGCUCGAACUGGGAGGACAUCCAGGCGGACGAGACGGCACACGUGGAAAGCCGUCGCGAUUGCAGCACUCGCUGCGUUGGAGCCAACGGCUGCGUAGCAUUCAACUACAGGGAACGAGACGAUUGCGAAGGCGCUCCAGGCUCCAAGGGGGCGUGCGUGCUCCUCCGCGAGGGCUGCAAGAGAGUCGAGAGCCCAUGCUUCGAUCUCUACCCAGCGCCAGGCGCUGGGGCCUCGAGCUCCCAAGGGAACUGGGCUCCGGAGGGAGCGCCGCCAGCGCCUCCGACGACGAGCGUGGGCGCCAGCAGCGCUGCGGACCUCGCGCCGGGCCGCCCCGAGAGAGACGUGGGGUGCUCGAACUGGAUGGACAUUCAGGCGGCCGUGCCCACGAGUGUCGCGAGCCAGCGAGAGUGCAGUGAGGGCUGCGACAGCACCGAAGGCUGCGUGGCGUUCAACUACGUGGAGCGCGUGGACUGCGAGGGCGCCGGAGGGUCGAGGGGGUCCUGCGCGCUCUUCCGCGAGGGCUGCCAGAAGGCCCACAGCCCGUGCUUCGAUUUCUAUCCGCGGCUCGGGCCGGAGGCAUCGCUCGCCAAGGCUCGGACGAGGAGAAGGUACCCGUACCGCUACCUCUCGCCUCCUGUGCCCCCUUGUGGGCCUCCUGGGCGCCCUCGUCGCCACCGCUGGAUUCGCCUCGAGAUUCUGGUCGGAAUGCGCCCGGGGAGAGGGCCCAGGGGUAUGGGUACCUUUUGGUUUCCCCAGAGGUGGAUGUUUUUCCGAACGCCAAUCUUGGGGUUGGGUGUUUCCGCAUCCCGGCCGUGGUGCGCACACCGUCCGGCAGGCUGGUGGCGUUCGCAGAGGCGCGCCACGGGGAGCUCUGCGCGGACUCGGACGCGGUGGAGGUCGCCGUGGCGUACAGUGACGACUUCGGCCGCCAAUGGUCGCCCACGCGGUUGGCCAUCGGCUCUAGCGAGUACCGCGUGAACAACCCGUGUCCGCUGGUGCUCGGUUCCGGCAGGAUCGUGGUCGUGCUCUCUACGCACGACCCCGAGUGGGAUGGCCACGUGGCCUCCGGCACGGCCGUUGUGUCGAGCGACGACGGGGGCGAGACGUGGAGCCAGCCGACGAGCGUCAGCAGCCAGUUUGGUCCCGCCAGCGGCGGGCUGCCCGGGCCGGGCGCCGGGCUCGUCCUGGAGGUGGCGCCGGGCAGAGAGCGGCUGCUCGUGGUCACGCACGGGGGCGGCUACCGCCGAGGGGAGGUCGGCGACGAGUGGGUCAGCACGGACUACAUCACCUACAGCGACGACGGAGGCCAGACGUGGACCACGCAGCGCAAGGUCUUUCCAGGAUUGGACGAGGGGACGCUGGCGCACCUGGGCAAUGGCGAGGUGAUGCUCGUGAUGAGGCACCCAGACAGCGAGAGGCUGGGCCGCGCCGUGGCCCGGUCCAAGGAUUUCGGGCUGACUUGGGGCGAGGUCGGCUACGACCCGAAAUUGCCAGGUCUCGUCUGCCAGGGGAGCCUUCUGCAGCACGGAUCGUCGACCUACUAUUCUGGGCCCGUGUUCCAGUCGAUACCCUACCAGCGGCAGAUGAUAACCGUGCUCCGAAGCCGCGACAGGGGGCAGACCUGGCCAGACAGCAGGCUCUUGGAGAUCAACCCUGGGCCAGGGUACAGCAGCCUCAUCGGGGGGGACGGCGACGGCUCUCUCCUUGGGGUCCUGUUCGAGACGAGUGCUGGUAUUCAGUUCACGCCUGUGUCUUUCUGAGACACACGGGGCGACCGCUCGGCACGCCCUCGUCGGCCGCUCCCCUUGUAUUCCGAGGCGCUCGCCUCGCACCGUGGGGUUCGGUGCGGCCCCCGUCCGAGGCCAGCAGGCAACCCGCCCGAUCGGAACGAUGGGGCGGGGAGGUCGAGCGGAAGCAGGC